GUGUGAAAGCUGCUCAGCCUGUUUCUUCACAUUCCAACAGCUGCUUCAGUGGAAACAGUUUAAAGUGAAACUCCAGUUUUCUCCUCACAGAGUCAGCAGAUUAUCAGGAGCAGGAAAGGGACAGCUGGCUGUGAACUGAUGUCCUCACUGUGUUUCUGAAGACUUCCUUUAGUGAGAAGCAGAUUAACUUUGUGCUUGUUGGAGUUUCUACAGGAAGAUGAAGAUGUUUGUGGUGUUUGUGAUCCUCGUGCACGUUUCCCAGCAUACCUCAGCUGUGGAGCUGUAUGAGGGGGAGGAGUUUGUCCUGCUGCCCUGUGAGUUUCCCCCAUUGGACCUGAAAGACCCCACAGUGGUGUGGAGCCGCUACGAUCUCAAUCCUCCAACCGUCCACCAGCGUCAGCAGGAAGGUGAUGAACUUAAAGACCAAAACCAGCUUUACAGCGGCCGAACAUCCAUGAUGACUGACGCUCUGGAAACUGGAGACCUCAGCCUCAAGCUGACAAAACUCCAGCUCUCUGACAGCGGCAGCUACACCUGCACCGUCAGAGCGUUAGGAGGACAACAGAGAGUGAGAAACAUACAGUUGAAGGUCAAAGAACAUUUUCCAUCCUGGGCCAAAGUUCUCCUGGUUCUCCUGGUUCUCCUGGUUCUCGGUCUUGUUGCUGGGGGUCUUCUGGUACAUUUCCGGCACUAUUUCAUGUCAGUUCAGAUCCAACCAUACCCACUUCAGUGUGAUGACAGCCUCAACGUAUGA